AGCUCAUAGACCACAUUGCCUUCAUAGUCAUUCAUCAACAACUUAUCUGAGCAAAAACGGAAAAAACUACUCAAAACCCUAAACCCUCAGCAAAACACUCUCCGUCGCGCUCUAUCGGCAUAGUCCCAAUGGCGAAGACAACGAAAAGUACCGGCGGUGACACCAAAACGAAGAAGAAGAACAAGAAAAACAAAAAGUCAGGUCCAAACGCCGUGGCCAUGAAGGUCAAGACCACUCCAAAAGAUAAUCCUUUUGAGACCAUCUGGUCGCGCCGCAAAUUCGAUAUUCUUGGCAAGAAAAAAGGCAAAGGUGAAGAGCGUCGCAUAGGUCUUGCCCGCUCUCUCGCCAUAGACAAGAGAAAGAAAACGCUGCUGAAAGAGUACGAGCAAAGUGGGAAGGCUUCAGUGUUUAUCGAUAAACGAAUUGGGGAGAAGAAUGAUGAGCUCGGAGAGUUUGAUAAGGCUAUUAUGCGGUCACAGCGCGAGCAUCAGCUGAAAAUAGGCAAGAAGAGCAAGUAUAACUUAUCAGAUGGAGAAGAAGAAGAUUUUGAUAUUCAGGGUCUUGGUCCACUUUCUGGGCGGGAUGAUUUUGAGGAUGAAAUGCUAUCUGAUGAUGAUAAAGAUGAUGCUGAAGCAGGUAAAAUGAACACCUUAAAACAACUUAAUUCUUAUGAGGUGCAUAACCAAGAGGAGCAGGGUAUGGUGGAAGGAGGAGAAAAGAUACACAAAACAAAGAAGGAAGUAAUGGAGGAGGUUAUCUUGAAAAGCAAGUUUUUCAAGGCUCAAAAGGCAAAAGAUAAGGAAGAAAAUGAACAGUUAAUGGAAGAAUUAGAUAAAAGCUUCACAUCCUUAGUCCAGUCUCAAGUCUUGUUUUCUUUGACUGAACCUGGCAAGAUGAAUGCCCUGAAAGCUCUUGUGAAUAAGAGCAUUCCCAAUGAGCAUGUGAAGAAUGAUGACAUGUUAGGUGCUCAAAAACCAGAAGCUUUUAGGCAGGAACAACCUGAUUCUUACGAUAAACUUGUCAAAGCUAUGGCAUUGGAUAUUCGCGCUCAUCCAUCAGACAGGACAAAGACACCAGAAGAGAUUGCCCAGGAAGAGAGGGAACGACUAGAGCGGUUAGAGGAGGAGCGUCAGAAAAGGAUGUUUUCAACUAAUGAUUCUAGUGAUGAAGAGAAUGAUGAUAUUGAGAAGCCAUCAACCCAAAGGCCAAGAUCAGUAUCUGGAGAUGAUCUGGGUGAUUCCUUUUCUCUUCAGGAAGAGCCUAAGCCUACAAAGGGCUGGGUUGAUGAGAUUCUUGAAAGAAGAGAUGCGGAUGAGUCUGAAAGUGAAGAUGAUAAUUCUUCUGAAAAUUCAGGAAGUGCUGAAGAUGAAGGUGAUAAUGAAGGAUCUGAUGAAGAUGCUGGUGACAAUGAAGGAUCUGAUGGAGAUGAUAGUGACAAAGAAAACGAUGAAUCCAAGAAUAUUCUGUCUUUGAAGGAUUGGGAGCAGAGUGAUGAUGAUAAGCUUGGCACAGAUUUGCAAGAUGAAGAAGAUGAAUACAAUGAAAAUCUUGAUGAUGACACUGAAGAAGCAGAUGUUAGAGGGCACAAGAAGUCAAAGAAAAAUGAUGAUGUUGAGACUAGGGAAAGAGAUACAGAAUCUUUGGUUGCAAAGAAGAUAAAACAGCGUUCAACUGAACCAGACAUUCCCUUUUUAAUUGAAGCUCCAAAGAGCUUUCAAGAACUGUGUGCAUUAUUGGAGAAUUGUUCUAAUUCUAAUGUUAUUACUGUAAUCAAUCGGAUUCGGGCGAGCAAUGCUAUAAAGCUUGCUGCAGAAAAUCGGAAGAAAAUGCAAGUCUUCUACGGUUUAUUAUUGCAGUAUUUUGCUGUCUUAGCAAAUAAAAAGCCCUUGAAUUUUGAGUUGUUGAAUUUGCUGGUCAAGCCACUGAUAGAGAUGAGCAUGGAGAUUCCUUACUUCUCUGCAAUAUGUGCUCGCCAAAGGAUUUUGCGAACUCGAGCGCAGUUUUGUGAAUCUAUUAAGACUGCAGAGAAUGGGUGUUGGCCUUCCAUGAAAACAUUGUCCCUGUUGAGGUUGUGGUCCAUGAUUUUUCCAUGCUCUGACUUUCGCCAUGCUGUUAUGACGCCAGCAAUAUUAUUGAUGUGUGAAUAUCUGAUGCGUUGCCCCAUCAAGUUGGGUCGUGAUAUUGCAGUUGGUUCUUUCUUAUGCUCCAUGGUUCUCUCUAUAACUAAACAAUCUAAGAAGUUCUGUCCUGAAGCCAUAGUGUUUUUGCAGAAUCUUUUAAUGGCAGCCACUGAAAGAAAAAAAGCAUCAUAUCAGGAAUCUGAGUUCUAUCGUCAAAUGGAACUAAAAGAGCUCGGGCCACUUUUGUGCAUGCACCACUGUGUAAAUGAGAUUAGUCCUCUGAAUUUUUUCAUGAUAAUGGACAUGCCAGAGGAUUCUGCCUUUUUUAGCUCAGAUAAUUUCAGGGCUAGUGUGCUGGUUACUGUUAUAGAAACAAUACGAGGAUAUGUUGAUACUUAUCAGGAGCUGAAUUCUUUUCCUGAAAUAUUUUCGCUGCUUUCAGAAUUGUUGCUAGAUGUGGCAAAACAAGAAAAGAUACCAGCAGCAUUGCAAGAUAAAUUUAAAGACGUUGCUGAAGUUAUUCGAAAGAAAACAGAUGAACAUUAUAUGCUGCGACGACCACUUCAAAUGCGGAAGCAGAAGCCAGUGCCUAUCAAACUACUUAAUCCUAAAUUUGAGGAGAACUAUGUCAAGGGUAGAGAUUAUGAUCCAGAUCGUGAACGUGUUGAAACAAGAAAGUUAAAGAAACUUAUAAAACGAGAAGCUAAAGGGGCAGCUCGUGAACUGCGCAAGGAUAAUUAUUUCUUAUUUGAGGUGAAGGAGAAAGACAAGGCAUUGUUGGAAGAGGAAAGAGCGGAGAAAUACGGAAGGGCAAAAGCUUUCCUCCAAGAACAGGAACACGCUUUCAUAUCUGGACAGCUAGGAAAAGGAAGGAAGAGAAGAAGAUGAAACUGAUCGAGCUGAUAAUCUGUUUGUGCGACUUUCUUCAUUUUCUUAUUUGUCAAGGUAACAAGUUUCUAUGAUUUUUUUCUUUCUAAAAUAGUGCUGCUGACAUAUAUAUAGUAGUUUAUUUACAGAAAACUGUAUAAUUUGGCGGGGGGGCUGUUUUGCUGUGUAUUAUCCUUUUUGUUUUUGGGUGCAAAGCAGCAAGCUCGAGUCAUGUAAAAUUUUCCAUCUGCAAUAUUUAUUUAGUUUCUAUUGAAAAUUGAUUCUAAUUUGUUGCA